AUUGUCUUAAUUACAAUGUUCUUCUGAGACAGCACAGCUUUCAUGGAGAAUAAAUCAAGUUCUGAUCAUUCUCACCAGUCUCAAUGGCUUCAGACAACUAUAUCAGAUUUGGAUACGAAAAUGAUGGCCAUCACGACCAUUUUAAAAGAGGACUACUGUGCAGAUCAAGAAGCUGACAUGCAUCAGAAAGGGAGAAGAGAUAUCAAACAGGUGCUUGAAGAGUUAGGAAAAUCUUACCGGGCUUUAGCCAUAGCAUAUGACCAAUUGAGGUCUGAAUCACCUCAUCCCUCUCAUUCAGGGUCCUCUUCAUCUUCUAAUACAACAACAACCCUCUGUGCUAUCUGCAACGAAAAAGCAACGGGGAACAUACAAGACCAACAACUUGAGGAUGCCUUCAAUUGUCGUCUAAAAUCUAUUGUCAGAGGUCCUGAUAUGAAAUUUGAUGGUACAGACCUCAAUUUUGGACAAAUAAACAAGCUAGAAGAUGAAUAUGAUGAACUGAUAUCAACUGUUAAGCAAAGCAGCAUGAUGUUUAAAGCAGGAUUGGAAUGCCAAGGCACCCAAGAAGAAAUAAUGACCGAUUUUUCCAUCAAUGAAAAAUUUCUUAUGGAGAUCGAGGGCUUUGAAACAAGUCAAAAAAUGGAAGAUCCAUCGACAACUCAUCGCAAAUUUGGCAAAACGUGGUCUGGGGUAGAUUUUCAAAUCACACAACUUGUAGAAGAGAAUCUGCAACAACUGGUAGAGUUGGUGAGAAGAAAUGAUGAGAAGAGGGAAACCAUUAAAAAGCUCCACUUAGAGAUUGAAGCAUUGAAACGUGAGAACAAGGCCCUUCAGAUUUCUUCAAGAUACUCAAAUGCUGAUUCACAACGGGAUCAACCACAGAUUUCACGACGUGGAAGAAUAUCUGUGAGCAAGCUCUUCGGAGGCUGUUCCACAUGAUAUCUAGUUCCAAGCAAAAAUGCAAAAUAAUGGUCACGAUAUAUUCCAGAAGAACUUCACCAAUUUUUCAACGGAGAUGCUUUGUCUUUCCCACAAUCAAAUAAGCGUGGUAUUGAGGGCAAUUUAGCUUACUACAAAAUUUUCGGGUUCACAAUGAUUUCAAUAUAAAUGAAUGACGUAUUAGGAAUAAAAUUUCUCCCUUGGAAGACCCUGUACUCAGUUAUAUAUAUACUGUAUUUUUUAUGCC